AUGGAGGAAACGGCGAAUGAAAUUAUCGUGGUACUGGAUUCGAAAUUUUCGUUGGCACUCUGGUUAAGUCAAAUUGCCGAGCCGGGAAGUACAUCCAAGUUGUUGAUCUUAAAGAACAAAUACUACCAGCGGAAAGUCGACGUGCAAAAUUUUCAACGAGCAGAUAGUCUGCGUACCUGGUAUCUUCAAUCGACUCCAAGGCCUCGAAUAGGUGCUAUCGUGAUCAAGUACGAUGUCAACGAUGAUCCAUUUCUUGUUGAAGAACUGAUUCGUGGCAUUCAAUUUUACAAAGCAGAGGCAGCGCUUUUGGUAGUGGAUUCAACAUUUUAUGACGAUGAUCCAAAUUGCAAGAAAGUGGAACAAUUAACGCUGGAGAAUCGAAUCGAGAUCAUACAAUUAGACCCAUCAGAUGAGAUGCGUAAAGAACUAAUAGAAGAAUAUGGAGAGAAAGUUGGUAUCGAACGACUUUUUGAAGCUCUACAAUCUGUGCAGUGGACUACCAGAAAAGAUAGCAGUGGGAACCGAAAAGUUGACGAGAUUUUCGCUAUAGCUAAGGCAAUGCCGCCUGAUGACUUAGGAUGCAACUAUUUAAAUCCAAACUCGGAAGAUGAGGAAUGUAUUUGGCGUGCUUUCAACAUGAACUUCGACAUCGCAAGAACUAGUAGCUUGGAAAAUGAUUUGCUAGCAAAAUCUGCAGCGCAGAAAACAAACGUGGACGCUGCUUCAAAUAGCCGCGAAAAGUUGAGCUCCGAAGCCUUAAUACCCGAGGAAAAACUUCGUCGAAUAAUGAGUAGCGCAAGAGAUGGAAAAAUGAAUGCACAGCUGGAUUAUAACCUCGAUCAAAUCAAACACUCCAUUGGAAUCUAUGCUCGUGAUAGCAAAGAGGAAGCGGAAUGGCUCGAAAACUUCAGUUUGAUUCUUGCGGCGAGGACUUGCCAUGAGGAAGAGUUUGGUGGAUGGGUAAAAUUCGACGAGAACAGUACCAGCAAAAGAAUAUUCACCAAGGAUGGUCCAAAACUCGAU